GGAGCGCGCGCGGGAGCGAGGGAGCAGUGGUCUCUGAGCCGGCCCGGCCCGCAGCUUUGGGUGCUCGGGCAGCUGCAGCUCGGGAACCGGUGGUUGGGGAGGGGGGGUGGGGGGCGUCAGGCAGGUGGGGCGCGAAAGCUAUGAAUCUUCGGCUCUUCCUCGUCUUCCUCCGGGACCCGCUCUCCGCCUCCCGCUCCAACGCCCGGAUGAUCUGAGCCGCGAGGGCGCCGAGAGCCGGGGGCCCGGACGCAGCCCGGCUCCUCCCCUCCUCUGCCCCUUCCCCGGCCUGACCUGGCCGGCCGCCGCCGCGGUGACCCUCUUCCCGCCCCCUCCCCGGCCGCCGUCGCCGCCGCCGCCUCGGCGGACCAGGGACCUGCCCGCCCUCUGCUCCUCCGGACCUAGAGGAUCAAGACAUAAUGGGAGCAUUUUUAGACAAACCAAAGAUGGAAAAACAUAAUGCCCAGGGGCAGGGUAAUGGGUUGCGAUAUGGGCUAAGCAGCAUGCAAGGCUGGCGAGUUGAAAUGGAGGACGCACAUACGGCUGUGAUCGGUUUGCCAAGUGGACUUGAAACAUGGUCAUUCUUUGCUGUGUAUGAUGGGCAUGCUGGUUCUCAGGUUGCCAAAUACUGCUGUGAGCAUUUGUUAGAUCACAUCACCAAUAACCAGGAUUUUAAAGGGUCUACAGGAGCACCUUCUGUGGAAAAUGUAAAGAAUGGAAUCAGAACAGGUUUUCUGGAGAUUGAUGAACAUAUGAGAGUUAUGUCAGAGAAGAAACAUGGUGCUGAUAGAAGUGGGUCAACAGCUGUGGGUGUCUUAAUUUCUCCUCAACAUACUUAUUUCAUUAACUGUGGAGACUCAAGAGGUUUACUUUGUAGGAACAGGAAAGUUUACUUCUUCACACAAGAUCACAAACCAAGUAAUCCGCUGGAAAAAGAACGAAUUCAGAAUGCAGGUGGUUCUGUAAUGAUUCAGCGUGUGAAUGGCUCUCUGGCUGUGUCGAGGGCCCUUGGGGACUUCGAUUACAAAUGUGUCCAUGGAAAAGGUCCUACAGAGCAGCUUGUGUCACCAGAGCCUGAAGUCCAUGAUAUUGAAAGAUCUGAAGAAGAUGAUCAGUUCAUUAUUCUUGCAUGUGAUGGUAUUUGGGAUGUCAUGGGAAAUGAAGAGCUCUGUGAUUUUGUAAGAUCCAGACUUGAAGUCACUGAUGACCUUGAGAAAGUUUGCAAUGAAGUAGUCGACACCUGUUUGUAUAAGGGAAGUCGAGACAACAUGAGUGUGAUAUUGAUCUGUUUUCCAAAUGCACCCAAAGUAUCGCCAGAAGCAGUGAAGAAGGAGGCAGAGUUGGACAAGUACCUGGAAAGCAGAGUAGAAGAAAUCAUAAAGAAGCAGGGGGAAGGCGUCCCUGACUUAGUCCAUGUGAUGCGUACAUUAGCGAGUGAGAACAUCCCCAGCCUCCCACCAGGGGGUGAAUUGGCAAGCAAGCGGAAUGUUAUUGAAGCCGUUUACAAUAGACUGAAUCCAUACAAAAAUGAUGACACUGACUCUACUUCAACUGAUGAUAUGUGGUGAAACUGCUCAUCUAGCCAUGGAGUUUACCUUCACCUCCAAAGGAGAGUACAGCUCAACUUCCUUGAACCUUUUAAACAUCCAUCUUCAACUUUAAAGAAGGGCAUGUAUGACAUGGGUGAGAGUGAUUACACGAGAGAACUUCAGCAGUACCACAGCUAGCCCAGAACUGAUUUUUUUUUUUUUUGUAAAUUUGAGACUUAUGUAAACGUGAUUUCAAACCAUAAUUCAUGUUGUAAAUCAGACUCCAGCAAUUUUUGUUGUAUGAUUUUGUUUUUUGUAAAGUAUAAUUGUCCUUGUAUAAAAUGCUCAUAUUUAAUUAUGAAUUGCUUUAAAUCACUAUCAAAGUUAUAAGAAAUGUUUGGCUUGUUGUGUGACGCAACAGAUAUAUAGCCCUUUCAAGUCACGCUGUGUUUGGACUUGGGGUUGGGACAGGGAGAGCAGCAGCCAUGUCAGCUAGACGCUCAAUUGUGCACGUGAUUAUGGAGAAUUAUUCCAAAAUCUUACAAAGCUGAAUAUCCAGGGAGUUAAUUGAAAACUAGUUUAAUGUUUUUGGCAGUGGGAUUGGCAUUGUCGAUAAAGCUGGUCCCUUCAUUUAACUGUCUUUUAGGUUCUCUCCUUGUUGCCAUGAGUAUUACAGGUAAUACAGUAUAUUCAUAAGAAUAUCAAUCUUGGGGCUAAAAUGCCUUGAUUCUUUGCAUCUCUUUUACAAGUCCUUACAUUUAAUUACUAAUUGAUAAGCAGCAGCUUCCUACAAAUAGUAGGAGACUGCCACAUUUUUGCUAUCAUGAUUGGCUGGGCCUGCUGCUGUUCCUAGUAAGAUAUUCUGAAUUCCAUUUUAUCAAUAAAGCUUGAUUUAACAAACAAGAAAUUUAAUCAUGUAUGUGUAAUUCCUCCUUUACUCCGCCCUUAUUUUAAAGCACCAUACCAUUGUAAAUGAGAAUUUUUCUCAUGGGGAAAGAUGUUAGUCUCUUUUAAUUGGAAAAUACUGUAACUCAAGGCAUAAAUGGAACUGUUUCCCUUCCAUUAGAAAGACUAUAAAAGAUUUGUCUCUCUGUUGUUCCUUGAUCUAUUUUUAAAUGGGUUUCUUUCAGGCUGCUUAUUUUUUCAUUAAGAUGUGUUAUCAGCCUGAAUUUGCCUCCUGUUUAGUUAAAAUAAUUGUCAAAGCUUGACAAUCUAACAAUCUAUCGUAGGGGUGUAUGUGUGUUUGUGAGUGUGUGUGUGUCUGUGAUUUUUAAUUAGCCCAUGUCUUUAGAAUCCAAGUAGUUAAGAUGUAUUUAGUGAUUUGAAAUAUAGCAUGUUGGUAAUAUUUAGCUGUCGGCCUUUAAAAAUAACUUUCAAAAGCUUAAAGAAUUGUAGAUAUAAAAAUAACCUAAUUUAAUUUAGGCUUAAAUUCCUCUGAUUAAGCAUGUGAAAGUAAGUUUUAAAAUCUGUCACAUUGAAAAGACUCUACUGUUCUGUGCCCUUCUGUAAUUUUGUCUCCUUAGGUUGAAUAUUGUAUUUAAUCACCAUGUAAUUUAAUCAUUCAGUAAGCAGAUUCCCCACUAGAAAACUAUUAAAAUGUAAGAUAUAAAUACAACACUGAAUACAAAAUCAAAACUGUGUAUAAAAGGUAGUAUAAUUUUGUUAUAUUUGUUUUUUCCCUAACUUGGAAAUAUACGUAUUUGUAUAUAUAGCCUUAAAACUAAUGUAAAGUUAGGGGAGUAUUGGGAAAAGUAAUGUGAAAUAUCUCAGACUUAAGUAGUUAUAUACCAGCAAAAUCUUUUCAUUAUCUUAUUUGGGAGGUGAUUAAAUGUAACUUAAUUGUAUUUAAUUUAUAUCUUAAUCCGGCAUGAAGAAAAACAAGUACUAUUUAUAUUUAGAAAUUCAUAACAGUUGGAAUUACAGAACCAAUUCCAUACUUAACUUACAAAUAAAUGCUUAAUGUCUAAAUCUGUGGUAGAGUGCGAAGUAUGAUGAUGUUCUAAGUUAUGACUGUAAGCAUCUAAAUGUACAUUUAAUGAAUACCAGGGCUUCUAGUAUAGAUUACCAGUACUGAAAACUAAAUUCCUAUUAUAAUUCCUUAAUUUUUAAGUAGACUAAAGUUUUUAGUUCUGGAAAUUUCAAAAACUUGAACUGGAUUUUGAGAUGCAAAAUCUUAAAUCGUAAGUAAAAUAUGUGAUGGAAAGCUACAUUUCAAACCAUAGUAGCAUAUUUAGAGACUUUUUAAUUUGAGGGUCUUUAAAAAAGAGAAGGUUAAAAUAUUCCUCUGUUAAAAUGUUAAAAUUAUUAGUACUGAAAUUAGGCCUGGAAGUGAGAGAAAACUGUAUUAAGUGUGACCUAAGAAGACUAAAGCUUUUCCACCUGAGUCAACAUUGCCAUACUAGAUAGAAUUUUUAAUUAUAAAAAUACAGGAAAGAAGUAUACAUUAUAAUGGCAAACUGUGUGUUCUUGAUUCCUGGGGCUAAUGGUGGUGGUGGGGAACCAGCCACACUUUAAAAGGCACUUUUGCACCUCUCUUGUACCACUUAAAUUCUUGACCUCCCACCCCCUUUUGUGUGCUAAUUAGCAUCUCAGGGCAAUGCCUCAAUUUUUUGAUAUGUUGUAUGUUAUUUUCUUUGGAGGGAAAAAGUUCUUGUGUGAUGAUAACAUACUAUUCAAAUGUACUUUCAUUUAAAUGUUUUAACAGGAUGAACCCACUUUGCUGCUUUUAAUAGGAAAUUCAUUUUGUAUAGCAGAUUUUUGUUGCCCUAACAAUAAUUUCACUGAUCUCUUAUUGUUUUAGCAAGGUAAGCUCUCUUAAUUUCCACUUUCUUAGGGAAUAUACUUUUACAGAUAACAGAAACAGUUCUCAGUAUUAGCAUUAACUUUAAAAAAUCUAAGUGGUAUUUUUCUUAUUCAGCUUUAGAACCGUUUCAAACUUAUUUUUAAUUAUGAUGCAUUAACUUGUUUCUAGAGUUCUAUGCAAUUAGUGUACUGCUCCAGCCACUUUUUUUUUUUUUUACUACAUAAAAUUAAGAAAUUUGG